AUGCGAGUGAUGCGAUCGGCCGAGGCAAGUGUUAGACAUGUUGUCCUUAAGAUGAAUUUGCUCCGCAUUGGUGCUAACGAUUUUUUGAAAUUCCCAAAAAUCAUUGUGUGCAUUGCAAACAGGGAAAUCCCAUUAAGGAAUUCAUCUGGUGUUUUAACAGUUACCCCUAAUGGAGAUCUCGUUCUUUUGAAUAGCAGUGGCAUAGCUAUUGGAAACUGGCAACCUUGCAUGAAAUUCGGAUGGAGCACCGACACAAACAGGUAUUUAACAUCAUGGAAAGAUGUUAGUGACCCCUCUCCUGGAGACGUUACUUUUCGACUCGAAAAUAUUGGGAUGCCUCAAUUUGUUCUUCUCAAGGGAUCAGAAACGAUUUACCGGUCAGGGCCAUGGAAUGGAAUUGAAUUUAGUGGUUCUUGUUAG